AUGCAUCGGCGUUGUGGGUGUGCUGGUGGGUGUGUUAGCGGCUCGGUGGGUGUGUUAGCGGCUCGGUGGGUGUGUUAGUGGGUCGGCUCUCGUAUAGGGUGAAUGGGCCCGUGCGUGUUGGUGCAGACCUCCCGUUCGCCCGACGGACGAACGAGCAAUCCGUCCCACUCCUCUGCGCGUGCGGCCGCCACCACCACCACCACCUCGCUCAGCCACAUUCCCAUUGUUCCACGCAGCGCCAGGGAGCAGCAACAGCGACUCUCUGCAAGCAGCAGCAGCAGCAGCGGCAAACAGCAGGAACACACACGCAGAGACCCUGGCGCCGUGGGCUUGUUCGCACGGACGGGCGGAGACGGGACAAUCGUAGUUCAGCAGCAGCCGCCGCCGCAACAACCACCACCACCACAACCGAAACAACAACAGCAGCAGCAGCAGCAAAGCCAGCAACGAGGCACGGGGGGGAACGCGGAGGAAGAAAUCGAAAGAACUUUCGCUGCUUUGUUUUGGGGGGAACAGGGGGGGGGGUGGAGGACGGGGGUAAUUUUCUGUGGUUUUUAUUUUUUAUUUCUGGUGAGGGGUGAGCUGCUUGCUGAGUUGGUGAGCUUGCUGGUGAGCUGCCGCUUUGGGCUAGGCUGCCUAAAUUGAUUAGCUGCUAGGCUGUGCUCGCUGUGGCUGGAUUAUUGGUGAUCUGCUGGCUUUGCUGACUGAUUGACUGGACGAGCUGGCUGGUCUUGCCGGUUAGUUAAUUGUUGAGCUGCCUGGAUGAUUUGCGACCUGCCGACUCUGCUUCUCGGGCGGCCGGCUGGCCGAUUGCGAUUCGUUUGAGCCCUCUCCUGCGGUGUCUUUGGCUGUUUUCUUUGUGAGCUGGCUGGCUGCUUGAUUGCGGUGGAGUUGUGAGCCGCUUAGCUUCUUCUCCUCCUUCUCCUUGCCUUCGUCGAGUGGAGGGAGGAGGGGGAGGGAAAGGGGUGAGGAGCGGGGGGAGAUGGACGCGGGCCGCCUGCUCUGCUGGGAGAGCGAGCGACCGGAGAAGGUCCAUAGGGCCCGCCUCGACCCUCACCUCGUGUGCGACCGCGCGCUGCGCAACCUCCUGCUGGCCGAGGAGCGAUACGCGCCCAGCCACAGCUACUUCAAGCACGUGCAGCGCGACAUUAAGCAGCCCAUGCGGCGAAUCGUGGCCACGUGGAUGCUGGAGGUGUGCGAGGAGCAGCGCUGCGAGGAGGAGGUGUUCGCGCUCUCCAUGAACUGCCUCGACCGCUACCUCUCCACGGUGCCCACCGCCAAGUCGCGCCUGCAGCUCCUGGGCGCCGCCUGCAUGUUCCUGGCGUCGAAGCUGCGCGAGACGGUUCCGCUCACGGCCGAGAAGCUCUGCAUCUACACCGACCACUCGGUGCGGCUGCACGACCUGCUGGACAUGGAGCUGCUGGUGCUGACACGUCUCAAGUGGGACAUCUCGGCAGUGACGCCGCACGACUUUGUGGAGCACGUGCUGCACCGGCUGCCCCUGCCUCGCGAGAGCGUGGACCUCGUGCGCAAGCAUACGCAGACGUUCAUCGCGCUCUGCGCCACAGAUUUCAAGUUCGUGACGUACACCGCGUCGAUGGUGGCGUGCGGCAGCGUCGCGGCGGCCGUGCGAGGUCUGCGUCUGCACGUGCGGCACCCGGCGCUGUCCCCGCAGAGCCUCACGCUGCGACUUGCCAAGAUCACCAACGCCGACCCGGACUUCCUGCGCGCGUGCCAGGAGCAGAUCGAGGGCCUCCUCGAGCACAGCCUGCGGCAGGCGCACGGCACGGGGCCCACGGGCGGCCCCGACGGUGACCCCAAGGGCCUGGAGGAGCCCGACCUGGCCUGCACCCCCACGGACGUGCGCGACGUCAACCUGUGACGAACCCAACCGCUGGCAGAGCCGCCGCCGCCGCCGCCGCCGGCGGGCGCCGGGGAAAGACGACAGAGGGAAAAACGCACGGCGGGCGAGAGACGGACCUUCGACCGCGGCAGCGUGCGUUGCCUAAUAAUACGACGACCCGCCGCUUGUGCUACCCCUCCUCCUGUGCCAGCCGGUGACUCCUCGCGGCGGCAGCACCAGCAGCAGUUCCGUGUGCCUUCCGGAACAGGGCGGCUCGUGUCCAUCGCGAUGCGGCAUGGGCAGGUGUUGUGACGCGGCCGGCCAGGUGCCGGAUGCUUCCUAUCCGCCCGCUUGGGGUCUCGCUCCGUGUCCGCGCCUGCCGUCCCCUGCAUCCAUCAAAAAAGCGAUCGCGACUGGGGGGAGCGGGGGGGAGCGGGGGGGGGGGGGGGGUCGGGGGGUGGAGCUCGUCUUCUCCGCUGGUGGUACCCAACAAACAAACCCAGCAGCGUCAAUCGCCGCAUCCCUUUGGCGUGGACUCGCUUUGGUGCCCGCAGGACCGACGCUGUGGAUUUUGUCGCGCAAGAUCGUGCUUGUUGUGUCGGCGGCCUUGGAGAGGGGGUGGGGGGUGGGGAAUAAAUAUGGUAUUUGAACUUGGAACUCUAGGAUUGAAUUGAAACGACUGCCUUGACGACGUCGUCAUCAGAAUGGGGGACGAGUCGUUGGCAAGGAAAGAGACGGUUGAGGGAGAGCGGACCAUGUGCGCGCACUGCAAGAUUUCAAUCCCUGCAAGAUGCGCGUGUUUAUCUCGCACGUUGCAGGAGAUGUGAUUUUGUGUGUUUUUUUUUACGAUCGUUUCGAUGUUGUUUUUUUUAUGGUUGUUGGGGAGUUGCUGCGAAUGUGGUCUAUUGUGGGAGGGGGUGAGGGGGGAAGGGAGAAGGAAGACGACAGAAAGAAGAACUGAAAUAAAUUCGCCCAUUACCCGCUCACAAAGGGACCUCUGAAAGGGAAAUGAAACAAAUAUAAAAUUAAACAGAGCACCAGCGCUGGCGUGGCGUUAGCGACGUGCCAUGCUUUGCCGGUAUUUGGGACAACUCCCUGAACAGAGAGUGAAUGGGCAACAAAAAAUGUCAAAGAGAAGAUCUUUUAUUUUUGACGGAAAAUAAUUCACCUGGAAAAUCCCCUUGCUGAGACGGAACAUCUUAUUUGAAAGGUUGUCCAGGUUGUCAUUUGAGACAAUGUGCACCCUCGCCGCAUGCAAAUCGGCGUCGUGCAAACCCAAACCUGUUCUGAGAGCGCUUAUUUUUUUUCAACCGCAUUGCGCAGGUACUUUGGAAGGGCUUUGAUCGUGCUGUGGCGCACAAUGUUACCACGCUUUUGAUAUCCAACAAACCUUCUGGUUCAAGUAGCAAAUCACCUCCUUUGGUCAGCUGACAAGGGACUCGCGAGUGCACGAGUCAUCCUUGAUCUGAGCGCCGCAUUUGUCUCCAUCGAUCAUCCAAAUUCUUCGCCCACGCCUUGAAACCUUGAUGGGAAUUUCUCUGCUCAGCCCUGUGAUUUGGCUUCGCUCCUUCACCAGAACCCAAUAUGUCUCCCAAAAAUGGCUUCACAUCAACCGGCGAAACAGUCCUUGUAUGGUGUCCCACAGGGCUCCAUCCAUGGACUCCCGAUUUUCAAUAUUCACCUCGCGCCACUGGAUUCAUUGCCUAAGGAACUUGGACUGACGUCACGCAGAUAUAUCCCCACCUCUCCUCCCACCCGCGAUCCACUGCAGCCGACUCCCAACUUCACUAUAAUUAAUGAAGUCAUGGCUGAACCAGAACUACCUAUACAACUGAACAUAGCCAAAACCAAAUAUGUUUCUCCUCGAUCUCGCCUUCUCUCGUGUUGACUAUCGCAACGCUGUUGCUCGGGGUUCCGACCAAUGUCUGGGGCCGACUGCAGCUGGCCCAGAACGCGGCCGCCGGGGUGCUCACGCAGACCCCAUCCAGCGAGCACGCUCAUCGCCCCAAUAAUAUUAAUAAUAAAACAUCCGCAUUGGCUUCCAAUUAAAUGGUGCUGGGGUGACCGACGGAGGCUGUGGAUGCGCUGCGCCGAGACGAUGGAAUGCCCUGCCCCACCACCAGUUGUUAAGACAGGCGAGGUCGCUUGCCCUGUCUCGCUCUUCUCUAAAAACCUAGACCUGUUUUGCCUGCAGGCCUACUAGUGAACUCCAGACUACCUUGUAGUAUUUAUAUUUCCUAACUCCGUGCAUGGAGCACCAAGAUCCCUGCAUGAAUUGCGCCUUCAUAAAUGUCAAUUGUGAUUAUUAUCACAGUGCCUUUCUCGUCUUGUCGGAUGGGGAGCAUCUUUGCUUCGGUAUACCGUCCUUGCCUUCAUAACUUUGAGAGGAACUCGUGGAAAGGGUGGGGUGGGGAAGGAACCCUUGACCCUCCUGCCCUGUCGGGGGUGGGGGGGGGGUCUCGCCCACAGGACUUGUUUUGUGGGACCACGUUGCGUGCCAUUGCCGACGCGUGACCACAUGACCAACGAUCGGAAGCAUCCGUCUGUUUGUGCGGUCUUGGAAAUGAAAAAAAGGUUUUCUCCUAAAAGAGAAAUUGCCUCGUAAAAUGCGUUGUGGCUUUAGUGCUACUAAAAGAGGUGGCGUGCGGUAAGGGCCGCCAUUUCACUCCGUUUAAAUUUGAUUUAUUUUGUUCCAUUUGAAACUUUUAAUUUGUUGCCAUUGUACUGCCGCUGUCAGCGCAUUCACUGCCAAGUUUGUGCCUUCCCUGCGCUCUGCAUUCGUCGGCAAACAGCAACACUUUAAAGCGUGUAACCUUUCACUGCCUAAAGGGCGCCGCCCCACUUCUCCGAUUGAAAUCGAAGCCAAUAAAUCAAGAGCUCCUCGUCGGUCGAUAGGCGUCGGCCGCUUCACGUUCGUAUAAUUUUUGCCGCGAAUUAAUCACGAACGUUUCUGUCUUUUAUUUAAACGAGCAACAAGCCCCCCCCCCCCCCCCCCCCGCCAAAAUAAUGCUGCUCGGGACUCGUUGGGAGAAUGAAGCCACGUGUCUUCGUGAAUCACUCCGCAUCAAAUCACACAGCAGAGCACUUUUUUCGCCUCUCUUGGGUCGAGAUUUUCGACCCCAAACCCAAACCCCCCCCCCCGCCCCACGUGUCGAGGCAGGAAAAUAGCGAUGGGAGUGUUUCGAGAUGAGGGAAGCACACGCGCCACGUGGCGGGGGUGCCUUCUCUGUUGUUACCUCCUCGUGGGAGAAGGAGCAACCGACGCUCUCUGUGUGUCGUUAAAUUUUCGUCAAAACAUUCCAAAAAUAUAUAAAUAUAUAGCGCCUAAAACAAAAGUUGGGGGGAGGGGGUAAAACAGGACAGUCGUAACCAAUGAUGCAUUCCGCAAGCGUCGCCUGCUCGUUUUGUGUAUAAACUAGCGGCAACUGUUAACUAGGUAAAUCAUAACGGUGUGUUAAACAUUCCUGAGUCGUGAUACGCCAUAGAAAGAUUGUAGACUAGUAGGGAGGCGCUAGGCAUAGUACUGUUCGUAGGGGUGAGAGACGAAAAUAAUAUUUUGCGGAGAAAUAUCUCGAUUAUUUGCUGUCAAGUGUGGUUACAGUUCUGCCGAAGGACUCGGUUGGUCUUUACGAGGUUGUAGGGGCUUAGGCGGUAAGCGUUUCCCCGCCGGGAGUGAAAUGAAUGUGACAAGUGUGUUUCGUGGAGGGCAACUCCGGUGUACGUUGGCUAUUUUGUAUGUGUUGCGUGCAGAGGCGAGAGGUGGGUGUGGAAUGGAAGGUGCGUGGCAUGCUGCGUUCGCCCGCGGGCACGCUGGGGAGCGAGAGGUUCUGGCGGUUUAGGCGGCAGGGUUGUUGUAUGUUUGGCGUGCGCUGGUGGCGCGAACGCGACCGCACGCGUCGCGAGCAUCAGGACGUCGCGUGGCAUCCGUACGCGGAGGGGCUCCUCCCGCGGGGCCGCAUCGGGUCCCCUCGGAGCUGCGCUGCCAGUUGGAGGACCGAUCCCGAUUUUAACGGUGGGGGGGCGGGAGACGAGAUGGGAGAGGAGCCCGGAGGAAGAGGGACUUUGAUGAAUAAGAGACACUUCGUGGGGGUUUUGUGUAGCGGUUUGGGUACAUCCCUGGCAUCUGCCGCACACGGGCAAAAAGCGAAAACGCUGAUGUGAGCGCGGGGUGCGGGGAGUAGGGGACUGAAAGGACCUCGCGAGACGAGCGGCGCGAGUUGCUAAAGCUGCUUGACAUUUUUUUUUUUAUAAUCAGUGCCUGUUGCCGUGACGUCGGUUUAUAAAUAUUAACCUUGUGCUGCUAUUUUAUUAAACACGUUGUUAUGACCUUUUAUUAUUAUUAUCAUCAUCAUCAUCAAAACAAUGACCUUAAAUGUAGUAGACCACAGUUCAUUUUAAGUUUUUUUUUAUUGGAUCAGAAUGUUAACGUCGCCGCGUGUGUAAAUUAAACGUGCCCGUUUUUGUGUAACCAUCGCUAACCCCACCCGCCCCCCCCCCCCCAAAAAAAAAACCUACGCUGUGCCACCAACAAACCGGAUCCACCCACCCCUCACUUUGCCCAAAUCCGCAGAAUGAUGAGGUACUGUGCAGUCACAUCAAGGUGGCUGGCCGGGCGGGAUCAGGAGGGGGGGACAUUCAUAAUGGCCCGUGUCAGAGACACUGAAUCGGCACCGUUGGCGAACAUCGUUUCGACUCCUUCCUCCAGCCACCAAUGCGUGAGAUUGGCUUAUGAACGUGUAGUGUCCUCGGCGGUCUGAUUGUUGCCCGCAAACACGUGCACCACUAACCGUAUGAAUUAACAACUCUGUUCCCGCUUAAAUUGGCCAACCCCAGCUCUUGAGGGCUGGAGUAGAAAAUCAAAAUAGUUCGAGUGGCUGACAGGCGGCGAAAAACUGUUCCUUUGAAUCAUGGAUUCGCCUUCUGAUACUGAACUGGUGGAAGGAAAAUCGGUGAUGAAAUCCCAACUCUCCGUUCGUGUUUUUUUGGGGUCGUCGUACCGCACGUCUGGUUCGGCAAGAUGUCCCGACGUUUCGCUCCACGACGAGCUGGGAGUUUAGUCGGGAACUAGAUCGUUCACUUUCGGAAGAACGCUGAACAUGCAGUGGAGGUCUUGUCGACAGAGACCACCUGCUCAUUGUCAUGUCGAGUUGAGGUCCCUGCAAAGUCAAGCUUGGGAGUGUGCCAGUAUGCCUGUUCCAUUCUAAUUUAUCGAUUUCAGGCACGGACAUAGGUAGUAUUUAAGCAAGUUGCUAACGUGGUGCGCAUGUUUCUAGCAAACUUUGGCAAUGUGGAUCGAUCAACUCUUCGUCCGUCCUCCCCUUCGAUUCGAUGUUUUCCCAUACGGUGGGGGGGGGGGAGUUUGAUCAGCCACGGUUUAUUAUGAGUUUGUGUCCAGUUUGGCGAGUGAACCGGUGGACGGCGUCACGAGUAGCCUGGUGAAUAUCUGAAACUCUGCCGGUGAAUGAUCGAAGCGGGCAGUGGCGUUAACUGUGUGGGUCGAUGGUUUUGAGUUUGGCGUUCGCGUUCCAACGGUUGGAUACUGUUACAGUUUUGCCAUCUGUGCAAGGGGUUUUAUAUUCCCAUGGAACAGGACACAUUCUUGACUCAACUCCGUUGUUUCGGCCACUCGCCGUAGAUAGGCCGCCCGGGUUGGAUACAUUUCUCCGUGCGUGCACUCCUCCUUAAACCGCACCGCCGUUAGCCAACGCUUCACUCCCGUCAACCGCGCUUUAACGAUGAACUCAAGUUUUCGUUUAGCUUAGUCGCAUCGGGGGGCGGGGGAGGGUGGGGGUGUUGGUUUUUUAAACAGCUUUUGAAAGUGAGAAGCAAAUUGAGGGGAGAAGUUGCGCGUUAGGGGUGGAGGGAAAAAGAUUUCGCUCGACUGCCGCCACAUCCCCCAACAGCUCCGACACACGACCGGCAAAGUUGACCCGACCGCGCGACAUUAACACAUUAACAACGACUUUGCAUUGUUGUUCAUGUGUCUCGCACGGUGGCGACCAAGGCACAGGAUAUGGCUCGUUGAAACCUCUUCAAGUGAUGAUGAUGAUGUCUCGCUUUUUGUUGUUGCUGUUAUCGUUUUUAAUUGUAAGCAUUUUGGUGGAUGUUUUCGAUUUCAUCGUUCUUACUCUCCAGAAAAAAGAAAAAAAAUGCCAUAUUCAGUACCUCACCUGAGCUGCUAACACAGAUCACACGGAUGAAUGGGUGCGUCCGCUACGAUGGCCGCUUUGUUUUUGUGACGUUUGCUGCUCUUCUCACCACUGGUGCUUCAGUGCCACCACGAUGGCCAGGGUGUCCUCCUCAUGCUGGCAUUCACAAACCGUACCCCCACCACGUUUUCGUGCCCCCCCGCCCACGUAUACACGAGAGGGUUCAAGCCGCCCCAUUGCAGAUGUGGACACAUGACAAACCGGUCUCCAAACAGGGUCUUUAGACGAUAGGCCAAAGAGAGAGAGAGCUCUAAUGGCAGCUUACGACCGUGGGGGGGGGCUUUAUGUGAUGGACCAAGAGACCAGUCUGGUGGGUUUUAAGACCACGGACUGACAAGACUAUGAUGAUCGUCUUCAAUGCACCGACACACUAAUCCCCAAUGAGAUCUUGAGAAAGUAUUGUAAAUUGACAAGGUGGGUCCUCCGAUGGCCAUUCGUUCUCCUUUUUCAUCUUAAUAUUGUUGCUUCAUAUAAUCGGCUGUUUCUGCUCUAUGCCAAAUCGAUUUGGGGUAGCAUCAUUCUUGGGUUGAUUUGAUUACGUAACCCUUGCAUUGAAACGACCCUAAAUUUGCAGUUUUUGUGAUCGCAAUUACCUUGCGGUGGACAUACAAGGUAGUUUUGAUUUGGACACAGCUCAGCUGGUGGAACGGUAGAGUCCCAUUCAAGAGAUCGCGAGUUGCGAUUGUCCAUUUUGAGUCCGAUUAAAAUGAGCAUGACCUGGGGCAAUGCCUCACGGAAAGUCAUGAGCCGUUGUCCAUGUGGAGUUUCCAACACGGUCUCGCCAGCCUCUUUAAGAUGCGCCGCUGUCCAAUACCCUUUGAACUAUGAUCCCACAUUUGAAGCUUUCGUGACUGCAGGAAUCCACACUCUUUGGUUCUUUCGCUUACUUCAGCAGUUGUUUCUUGCUGUGGUUGUCUCACCUGAUGACGAUUGCUUGUGCUGCGAUCGACACGUCGUCAUAAAUUUUUCUACCUACGUGACUUUUUCCCGAAAGAACCAAAGAGUAUGAUCCCACAAUUAAAAUUCUGAUUUAACUGGGCAAAGCCAGUGUGCCGGUGGUGGGAGUACGGUUCGUAAGUGUGCAUUCCCCGUGCCACUCUCGCAAUAAACUUGAAUGCAAA